GUCCGGUAAAACCUGAACAAUUUGGUGGGGAGUAUAAAUGGUAGCGGGCGAUCGUUGGUAUAUAAAGCAGUCCGAAAUAACGUUUGACAUCAUCAGUCGCUCAGCCGAUUCAAAUCAACCAAAUCUUCUUAACAAUGGCCUUCAAGUUCGUCGUACUCGCCGCUUUCGUGGCUGCCGCCAACGCUGGACUUCUGCGCACGGCAGAGCCCUUGGCUUACUCGGCGCCAGUUGCAGUGGCUGCCGCCCCCGUGGCCAAAGCUGUGGUAGCCAAGGCGGUCGACGCCGACUACGACCCCCAUCCUCAAUACAGCUACGCUUACGACGUGCACGACAGUUUGACCGGCGACGCCAAGAGCCAGCAGGAGACACGCGACGGAGACGUCGUCCAAGGCAGCUACUCCCUCAUCGAGGCUGACGGCACGAAACGCACCGUCGAUUACGUCGCUGAUCCAGUAAAUGGAUUCAACGCUGUCGUCCACAAAGAAGCUCCCGCCGUCGCUGUCAAGGCAGUCGCCGCAGCUCCAGUUGCCGCCGUGAAGACCAUCGCGCACGCCGCUCCUCUGGCCUACGCGUCUGCCCCCAUCGCUCAUGCUCCUCUCGCCUACGCCGCCCCAGUUGCCAAGGUCGCCGCUCCUCUAGCCGUUGCUCACGCUGCUCCUGUAGCCGUUGCUCACGCUGCACCGUUGGCAUACUCGGCGCAUCCUGCCUCGUUGGCAUACUCGGCGCAUCCUGCCUCGUUGGCAUACUCGGCGCAUCCUGCCUCGUUGGCCUAUUCAGCACACCCUGCACAGAUCGCAUACGCAGCUCACGCAGCCCCCAUCGCCAAGAUCGCAGCCGGCCCAGCCUUCAGCUACGCCGCACCCGAGCACUACCUCUAAGAGACACGACCUCACUCGUCGCAUCUUGCCCCCACCCCAUUGACGAUCGACUUCAGGCUAAAUUCCUUUUAUUUAUUUUUUUAGCAGACUUGUUCGCCACUGAUUAAACUUUAGUUACGAAUGUAUAAU